GGUGUGGAGCUUUUUGUCUGAUACACGUCAGCUACCGGAAAAAGAAUAAAGUAUUUCCUGUUCUGCUUCCGGAGUAAAACGAUUGGCGGCUGAAAAGCGCCAAAUCAAACUUCUGCCUGAGAAUAACAAAGCUCGCUGUCAACUAGAGGCUCGUUUUCUCACAGUUCAGCCUUUUAAUGUGCGUUUUGCGUCAGUGGCGCACUGUCGUAAAAGAAAAAGGAUCGAGUUACUGGUUUUAGCGUGACAUUUUAAACUUUAAACAUGGAGGAGCUUUUUAGUAAAGUGUUACAAGUGAACGUCAGGUGUAGAGACUGUGAGGACAGAAAAUCAAAUGUCCGUGUCACCAUCCAGCUCCAGUUUUCUACAAAUCCAGUUCACAAAAGGGAUCUUCAUGUCAGACUGACAGAUGAUCAAGAUCCAUAUUUUUUGUUUAACCUAUCCAUAUCAGAAGAAGAUUUCCAAAGCCUGAAAGUCCAGCAGGGGCUGCUGGUGGACUUUGCGUCGUUUCCGCAAAAGUUUAUUGACCUGCUUAAUUUGUGUUAUUCUGAGCAGGAGUCAGAUAAUCCAAGGUUUCUCCUUCACUUGUCGUGUCCAUCUUCAGUUCUUGAAGGACCGGCAAACUUCUGUGUUGUAGAAACAAAUGCUUUCAAGCACCUGAAUCAUUUGUCUCUGCGACUCGUCCAAGGCUCUGACCGGGAGAUCAAGGAUUACCUGGCAGUGUGUCUCUCAUCUCUGAAGUCAGAGAAACAGGCCCUGGAGGCAAAGCUGAAAAAAACGGAGGAGGAUUUGAACCGACAGCUAAACUACACUCAGCAGACUCUGUCAGAAAAGACCAAAGAGUUGGACAAACUUCGCUCUGAGUGGACGUGUCAGAGCAGUUCACUGUCUUCGCGUCAUUCUCAGGAGCUGCAGCUGGAGAGAGAGAAAGCAUCAGAGCUGCAGAACAGGCUUCAGCAGCAGAACGAUCAGCUUCGUCAGGACCUGGAGAACUCUCAUCAGAAGAGCAGCCAGCAGCUCCACAGCAGGGUGACGGAGCUGGAGACCUCCUGCAGGGAGCUGACAGAGAGGAAGUACAAGAACGAGUCGUCCAUCAGAGAUCUGAAGAUUAAACUAGUGGGAGCAGAAGAGGAGAGCCAGCGGCUGAAGCAGCAGGUGUUGUCUCUGAGGAGGGAGAACAGCACACUGGACACGGAGGUGCACGACAAGGAGCGUUUGGUGAGUCAGCUGCAGAUGAGAGUGGCUGUCCUGGAGCAGGAGAGCAAAGACAAGGAUCAGCUGAUGCGUCGGACAAAGGAGGUGCUGGAGGCCACUCAGCAGCAGAAGGAUUCUGUGGAGGAAAACGCGGGCAGUAAAGAACUGCAGAUAAAGAAACUGGAGUCAACAGUAAAGUCUCUGUCUGAGGAGCUGAUAAAGGCCAAUGGUAUCAUCAAGAAGCUGCAGGCUGAGGUGCGAGGUCUGGUCGGGAAGAUAAAAGUCAAGAACACUGUCACCGUCUCCCAGGAGAAGGUUCUGCAGGAAACCUCUGAGAAACUGAAGACGGUCGAGAAGGAACUGCAGAGCGCCCAGCAGCAGAUCGUGACCAAAGAUGAGCAGGUUUCCAAACUAAAAGAUCAGCUGGAAGUGACUUUGCAGAAGCUGAAUGAGAGCAAAGAAGUGUUGAAAACAAAUGAGAAUGUUAUCACCUGGUUGAACAAGCAGCUGAACGAGAAGCAGCUGUGCAGGAAGCCGCCGUCUCCUGAAGCUUUGAACACUGCACUGUCAGCCACAAGUGCACUGAGGGCCCACUAUUUUCCACAGGUGGGUAAAUCGUCUGUUUCUCCUGUAACCACUGACGUCACUCCUGCUGAGCAGCGAACGGUGCAGCCAAUCAACAGACUGAUUGGUGACCACGCAGGUUUGGACUCCAAGUACUUUGAAAGAAGAGACGACAGCAUCCCCAUCUACGGCCUGUCGUCCGCUCUGCUCCAUAAAGAUUUCACUCAGCGAACAAAGCCUCCCGUUCCUUCUGCCUAUUUCUCGGCCUGAACCAUCACCACUCGAACAUCAGGUUUUUCUCCUCUACAAAUCUGUUUGUGCUGCAGUUGCUCUUGGCUCUUUUUU